AUGUUGAUUUUUUUAACUCCCACUGUUGUCGACGGAGCCACUUUGUGUCCUGGCCAUUGUAUCUUCCCCGGUGGGCCGGUCUCUGGGUCAUGCGGACCCAUAAUGACGGACCACCGUCUUUUCGGGCAGACCGAUAUUGAUGAAGUAGAUGGUGGUGAACUCAGUCUUUGUUGCAUUUGCGGAAAGACCUUCCUCGAUCGAAGAUCCCUUCAUCUACACGUGGCCAUUGAUCAUGAAAAGGAGGCAUUGACGGUUUCUGAUACCCCACCGUUGGCUCACUCUUCAACGAUGAAUCAAAUAGAUGAGGUCGAUACAUGUGUUCCACUGCCCUCACUGGUUGUAGCAAGAUCAGUAGCAGCAGCAGCAGUAGCAGCAGUCGAUGGUGCGGACGGCGAAAGUAGCGAUGAGUCAUGUCGACCACAGGACCUGCGGAUACGUCGGUCACCAAUCGAUUGUGUAUCAUCAGGCUCGGUUGCUGCUCCGCCACCAAUUCUGGCCCUACCGACUGCAAAUUCCCGCACUACACCCCCGAGCUCCUCUCUCAUCGCCACCACCUCCGCAGCCUACCUCUACCAAGAUGUCUCAACUAUCCUACAUUCUCCCACUCCCUCUUGUAUCGGAGACGCCCAAGUCAAUUGUGCGGGCACGGUCUCGGUCCGCCUGUCCGCCAUCGACUUUUACCUUCUCGAAUCAAGGGAUAGAGCUGCAUCUCCUGAGGAUAGGCACGUGUUUCCACCUUGGAUUUUGCUUUACUUAUCCAUCAUCACGGGAUCCACUGUCCCCUGCCCUACAUCGGAUAGCAAGUCGUCGAAGCUGUACGCCGCAAAUAUCAAUUGUCAUGCUGCGAAACGCAUGCGCGCGCCAGCGGGUGGACGACUGGGAAUCGGACCGUCGGACCGACCGCUUGCCCACCCACGCGCACCGGUGUAUCCAAAUCUGGGGUUUGAGGGAGGGGAGUGCGAUGAGGGCUUCUGUAACUCUUCAAGCAUGCGUGGAGGAGCACUUAUGGAUCUGUGGAGGUUUUGUUUCGAAUAUCUGGCGCUUGAGAUUAACCUCGGCAACCUCUCCCUGAUUUUUAUUUUAGUCCAUGUAGGACUAACACGAAAAUGGAUUCCCCUUAUCCUCCUCCUUGAAUACGGGGGAUAUUUUGGUCAAGACUUAGAGAUCGAUGUUGCUAGCAUCACUGAUCCCUGUAUGUAUAUCUCACUAACCUACAUGAACGAAAGGGAAGCCUACGAGUCGCAGAGUGAUGCGAUCAACAGUGGACAGAGCAGUACCACCGAAUUUCCCUCCAAUGAGCAUUUGCCCUCCCAAACAAGCAGUCCGGAACACGGUGAUCUCUUUCGCCUCACCCAGCUGCUGCUGGUGGUGGUUAGCGGGUGUACAGUCAAUCCCUUUAAUCAACCUAUCGGGCACCAAAUCUUUGUUACUUACACGAAACGACUCACGUGUUUUGCCUUCGCUAGCAUGUGUGAACUGCUCAAGGAAAAAGAUUUUGAAACAGAGAAAAGGCAUCGAAACAUGGUCAGCAUUGAUUGCGGUUUAAAAAAAUUUGCUGCUUGGAGAUCUGGGAAAUCCUACCACUGCGAGCUCUGCAACAAGUACUUCACCAAGAGCUGCAACCUCAAUUCUCACGUGAAAGCUGUUCACAAAGGAGUUACUUGGGGGUCUACUUCCACCUAUGAUUCAACUAACACAAUGAUGGAAAAACAGAAUCACCCUGGGUGCCACCUGGAUUAUCCAAUACCAUCCUCCCUUUCUAUUGAAAUGAUGAUCGUCGUAGUAAAGAAUGGAAGUCGGAAAUUAUGUAAGAAAGCGGUGACGAACUGCGGUUUGUUUAUGUGUUUAGGUGUCCGAGCUUUUCAAUGCAGCGAAUGCCAGAAGAGCUUUUCGCGCAACUCCGACUUGCAGAAACACAUCGACGCGGUGCACAAGGGUCUGCGGCCCUACGAGUGCUCCACCUGUCAGAAGCGCUUCUCCCAGAAGUCCAGUCUCAAGCGCCACCGCGAGGCUGUCCACGAAGGUGAGGUCCUCAUGUAG